AUGUCUCUGUUGACAGCACCUUUCUUGGUCGCCGAGGUUCGAGGCUAUGCCAAACUCUACGAUACUUUCGAUGAGGAACCUUUUCCAUACUACAGUAUCCUGCAAUUCCCAUUGUUCAUCGCAUUCACCGAUUUCUUCAUCUAUUGGAUCCACCGCGGCUUGCAUCAUCCUUCCGUUUACAAGACUUUGCACAAGCCUCACCAUAAGUGGAUCAUGCCUAGCCCUUUCGCCUCCCACGCUUUCCACCCGGUCGAUGGCUGGUCUCAGAGUGUUCCCUACCACGUAUUUCCUUUCAUCUUUCCAUUGCAGAAGGGCGCCUAUGUUGUCCUGUUUGGUUUCAUCAACAUCUGGACAGUCAUGAUACACGACGGCGAAUACGUCGCCAAUAGUCCGGUGAUCAACGGAGCGGCCUGCCACACGAUGCAUCACCUUUACUUCAACUACAACUAUGGUCAAUUUACCACUUUGUGGGAUCGCAUGGGUGGCAGCUACCGGAAGCCGAACGAGGAGCUUUUCCGACGUGAGACAAAGAUGGGUGAGGAAGAGUGGAAGCGACAGACUAAGGAAAUGGAAACAAUCCUCAAAGACGUCGAAGGAGAUGAUGAUCGCAAGUACCUUGCUGAAGAGGCUAGCAAGAAAAACCUGUGA